AUGUUACCUACCAAGCAUUUGUCGGGUGCUCAGAAAAGAAAAAAAAGAAAGCAACUUGAUCAGGCCGCAGAGUCGCAGAUGGGUGCUCUACAUAGGUUUUUGUCCGUUUCAAGUAAUGCUGAAGUCGGUCAAGAUCAGGGGCAUCAACAUGUUGCAGACGUCGAUGCCAAUAACGAGCAGAAUUUAGAUGCUGAAGCUAAUGCCAAUGAUGAUACUCAGGCUCCGGGAGAUGAUAAUCAGGCUCCAGAAGAUGAUGUUGAAGAUCAGGGGCAUCAACAAGAAGAUGAGAUGUCGACUAUUUUUGAUCCUAGAACAUGGGAAUGUCUUGACAAUAGGAAAAAAGACAUCUUAAUUGAGAAAGGGCCUGUGCGAGAACUGAAUCUACAAUUCCCAAAAGAUUCUACUGCCAGACAUUUAUCUUAUGCUUACUAUUCCAGAAAUUUAUCUAAUGGUGAGAUUGUUGACAGAAAGUGGUUGGUUUAUUCUAAACAUGUGGACAAGGUUUAUUGUUUUUGCUGCAAGUUAUUUAAAUCAAAUCAGAACAAGUCUCAUUUAGCAUCCGAUGGAGUCAGGGAUUGGAAGCAUCUCAGUGAGAAACUGAAAUCACAUGAGAACAGUGAGGAGCACUUGACAUGCAUGAGUACAUGGAACGAGCUUCGACUUAGAUUAAGCAAAAAUAAAACAAUUGAUGAUGAGAUGCAACGGGAAAUUGCAAAGGAAAAGGAGCGUUGA